AUGGACGGUGGAUGGUAUCCAUCUACCGGAGACCCCAUCCGAAACCUCGGAGUGCCACUGAAGAAGACAGCCUCAUCACAGACUGUCAUCUCUGCCCAUUCUCUUCAUCCAGACUACGCGACAAUACCCUCCAUACUACAACAACAACAGCAACCGCCACACAGUCCGAGGACACCUAAUAACGGAUCGCCGAUGGGAUCCCCUCAAGGAGCAAAUCCUCCUGCAUUGUCUCUGCCAGUUAAAGGAAUACUCAGCUCCCGACAGGCACAUAAACUUGGAUCGUCGCCAAAACAGCUGUCCUUCGACGUCCCCCCAUCUCCGGCUCUAUCAGCCAAAUCCUCCCUUGUCUCCCAUUCGGCAUCCUCUUCCGUUUUCGAGGGUCUGACCCUCAUCUCCAGACUGGCCACCCUAACCCAACGAAGCAACUCUGAAGCGUGUUUCCCAUCUCGGAAUCUGUUAUCUGCCCAACAAUUGGCAUGCCCUCCACAACGAAGAUCAUCAAUGGCCAUUCUACCGUCAAGAGAAGCCGCAUUAAUGAGGAGAAUCCUUGGUCCACAGGGGCUCGGGUGGAUUGCUGGUGAACAAUCCUCGAAAAAAUCAAUUUCCCUGGUGCUGAGCAACGAUGUGGAGGCACAAAAAGGGGACGACUCGGAAACGCCGCUAAUGAAAGAUCAUGACAGCAAACAGGGUGGCCGGCUGCUUCAUCGAGAACAAUAUUAUGAAAAGAGGAGGCAGACAUGUGAUCGAGCAUUGGUUUUUGCUAUUGCUGGCAUUGUUUUAAUGGUGCUGGAGAGCGAGUUGAAAGCCAACGGAUUAAUCGAUAAGAGCGGCACAACGAGUGUGGCAUUAAAAUGUCUAAUAAUGCUGUCAACAAUGGCCCUUCUCACACAAGUCUUCUUUUUCUAUUACAUCAAAAUACAGCUAUUCAUGAUAGCAAACGCGGCAGAUGAUUGGCGGAUAGCAUUGACACCAAAAAGGCUUGUUAUUAUCAGCGCGGAGGUGUUGGCAUGUUCUCUCUGUCCAGUACCUAUCGAAUUCUGGAGGGAAGAUUUGAAAAAGUCGUGGGCGACAUUAGAGGUUCUGCUCUCCCUCGGAAUGUUCUUUCGUCUAUAUUGGUUAUGUCGAGUGAUGCUUCUUCAUUCCAAACUAUUCACCGAUGCAUCCAGCAGAAGCGAUCUAGAGAUGGAGAAUGUGAAUAUGUCAGCAAAUCCGAGCAGUACAAAGGGGAGACCUGUCAAUUAUCUGAAUUCCCUCUGGAUGAUUGCCGUCACUUUUCUAUCUGUUGGAUACGGUGACAUCGUGCCUCAUACAUACUGUGGAAAAACGAUGGCCGUCAUCACGGGAAUUAUGGGUACCUGUACCUCUUCAAUGGUUGUGGCAGUGAUAGCCCGUAAAUUAGAGUUGUCUCGUGCUGAGAAGCAUGUUCAUAAUUUCAUGAUGGAGACACAACUCACUAAAAAGUUAAAACACAGCGCGGCAAAUGUUCUUCGAGAGACAUGGUUCAUCUAUAAAUAUCGGAGAUUGGUUGAGAAACCGGAUACGGCACGGAUAAGGCUUCAUCAGAGGAAAUUUCUUGUCGCCAUUUAUGCCCUCCGAAAAGUGAAACGAGAUCAGCGGAAACUACAAGAGAAUUUUGUCUCGCUUGGCGACGUGGCUAGGACGACGUCAAACACAUACGAAUUGGUGCAAGAUUCUCAUUCGAGUCAAGAAGGUCUUUCACUACGGAUUACAGCCAUCGAACAUCAAUUAUCCGAUAUUUCCAAG